ACAAAGAGAAGCUCCAUGUCGCGAUGUUCCCAUGGCUCGCUUACGGCCACCUCAUGCCCUUCCUCGAGGUCGCCACCUUCUUAGCUCGAAAGGGUCAUCGCAUCUCCUUCAUCUCCACCCCGAAAAACCUCCAAAAGCUCCCCGCGAACCUCCCUUCCUCGAUAACCCUCGUUGAGCUUCCCUUGCCUCGCGUCCAUGGCCUCCCCGACUCUGCCGAGUCGACCUCCGAGCUGCUGCAAAACAUGGUCCCUUACCUUAAGAAGGCAUACGACAUGCUCGAGCCAGCUGUUGCCGAGUUCCUUGUGAACUCGGACGUCAACUGGGUGAUCCAAGACUUCAUGUCUUUCUGGUUACCCCAAAAGGCGAGACAACUCGGUGUUAAAUCGGUGUUCUUCAGCAUAUUCAACGCCAGCAUCCUCGCCUUCAUUGGCCCGCCAUCUCUUCUGAUUGACAAUCAAGCCCGAGCCAAGACGGCAGAGGACUUGACGGUCGUUCCCCAGUGGGUUACUUACCCAACUAAAAUCGCGUUUAGGCUUCAUGAGGUGCUCAACGAAGAGGAUUUCGUGGACCCUAAAUCUAACAUGUCGGUUUUCGAAAGGUUUGGCAGGUCGAUACAGGGAUGCGAUAUCGUGGCCAUAAGGACCUGUAGCGAGUUCGAGGCCGAGCCGUUGAGUCUACUCAAGAAGUUUUACGCAAGACCCGUGGUUCCGAUGGGGCUUUUGUCACCCCAGAAUAAAAGCCGCCACGAAGGAGACGGGAGAUGGAGCGAGCUCAAGCAAUGGUUGGAUGGUAAGGAAGGGAAGUCAGUGUUCUACGUCGCCCUUGGCACCGAGGUGGCUUUGAGUCAAGAGUUAAUGCACGAGCUGGCACGUGGGAUUGAAAAGUCAGGUUUGCCCUUCGUCUGGGUGAUAAGCCGAAAGGCUGGCCCCAGCAGUAUCCCUUCUGGGUUUGAAAGCCGGGUCUCAGGUCGAGGCCUCGUCUGGGUGGGCUGGGCUCCUCAACUCGACAUCCUGGCCCACCCGUCGAUUGGCGGGUUCUUGACGCACUGCGGGUGGAGCUCGGUCAUAGAGGCACUCGGGCAAGGCCGGGCACUGAUCCUAUUUUCUGGGGGGAGCUCCGACCAAGGGCUGAUGGCAAGGCUAAUGGACGAGAGGCGGGUCGGGUCGGAAGUGCCAAGGGACGGCCGGGACGGGUCGUUCACGAGUGACUCGGUAGCCGAGACGAUAAGGUGGGUCAUGGUAGAGCCAAAUGGAGAGGAAGUGAGGGCGAACGCAUGGGCCAUGCGGGAGAUAUUUGGUAACGUGGAGUCGCAAUUGAAAUAUUUGGAGGAGUUCGCUCGAGCACUUGAAAAGGGUAGAGCCUGAAGCUGAGGAACUUGUCAACCUACAAGUUGGGUGUGUGAUUAUUUGUACUACGUUGGCAUCAUGCAUGCAUGUGGCCAAACACGUAUCAAUCGUGGAUCCAGCAAUGAUACAUGGCAUCAGUUUUAGUAUACUAAUUUCGUUUUCUAGCGCAAGCGUUACAUCAAGAUCAUUAUCAAGAGAAUGGCUGGAUCUGAAGACUUAGAAAAAUCCACGUUCCCGGAAAGUGAGUUUUUUCGUUCCCUUCUUCUUUCUUUCUCCAAAAAAAAUGACAUGUAAGAGAGUGAGUUCCUAGCACCGCUACGAACGCAAUCAUAAGUUCUUUCUUAA